AUGCCACCAGCCGAAGACGAACGCGGUCAUGAUCUCGAGGCCCAGAAAAACCCCUUGAUGAAGGAUACCGACGAAGACGACGAAGAUGUCAUCGAGAAGAGUACAUCUCAACAGGCCUCCUCGGUCGCUCCUGCUCAGGACGGGGCUGUCAAGUCCUCUAGUGGCGGUUCAUCAGGUUUCAUAGCGUGGACGAUUGUCAAUACCCUCGCUACGAUCGGAAUUGUCUUCACCAACAAAGCCAUCUUUGACGAUCCGUCGUUCAAGAAGAUGCAGACUUCCUUUGCAGCUUUCCAUUUCUUGUGCACGACCCUCACACUUUUCGUAAUUUCCCGCCCAAUGUUCGGGUUUUUCGUACCCCGCCGAGCCGGUUUCCUCGAAAUUGCCCCUCUAUCCUUCGCAAUGUGCUUGAACGUCAUCCUUCCAAACCUCUCGCUCGCAUACUCCAGCGUCACUUUCUACCAAAUCGCCCGUAUCUUGCUCACUCCGUUUGUCGCGUUGAUCAACUAUGUUUUUUACCAUGUGGGUAUCCCGCGAAACGCGGUUUUGGCAUUGAUUCCGGUUUGCUUCGGUGUUGGUAUCGUCUCUUACUAUGAUACCCUUCCGGAUCCGAGUAAGCCAACCCAGGUCACUUCAACUGCCGGUGUCGUCUUCGCUUUCUCCGGCGUGGUCGCCAGCAGCUUGUACACCGUCUGGAUCGGAACCUACCAUCGCAAGUUGAACAUGAGCUCCAUGCAGUUGCUUUUCAAUCAGGCUCCUGUGUCUAGCUUUUUACUCCUCUACUUUAUCCCAUUCUGCGAUACCUUCCCUGUCUGGACCGGAGUUCACCUUAAUAAGUACCUUUUGAUUUUGUUGAGCGGUGGAUUCGCUAGUUUGAUCAAUUUGAGUCAAUUCUUCAUUAUUGCCGGUGCUGGAGCUGUCAGCAGCACAGUCGUUGGACACGCAAAGACCUGCUCGAUCGUCAUGCUCGGAUGGAUGGUUUCUGGACGUGCAGUUACCGACAAGAGCUUGUUGGGUAUCUUCAUGGCCAUUGGUGGUAUUGUCACUUAUUCCAUCACCAUACUCAAGUCCAGGAAGCCGUAA